AUGUUCAGCGCUCUGCUCUCCUCCAUCAGCGCCUCCUUCUCUCCACCCGUCCUCCUCUCCGUCCUAGUUCUAGUGAUUGUCUUGGCUCUGGCGUCCCGUCGGUUCCGUCUUAACGCCAAACCUGUGAGCGGCGGCGCGGCGGCUCGGGGCUCCAUCCCCUGCCUGCCUCACCUCCCGGUCCUGGGAAGCCUCCCCUGGCUGGGGGGAGGCCUUCCUCCCCACCUCCUCUUCACCCAGCUGGCCUACAGGUAUGGACCCCUGUUUGCGCUCUACCUGGGCCCUCACUACACCUUGGUGGUGAACGACCACCAACAUGCCAGAGAGGUGCUGCUUCAGAGGGGCAAGGACUUCGCUGGACGUCCCAACAUGGUAACGACCAGCCUGCUGACCCGAGGAGGUAAAGACAUCGCCUUUUCAGAUUACUCUCCUCUGUGGAGGCUCCACCGCCGCCUCGUCCACAACUCCUUCACUCUGUUCGGGGAGGGAACCAGCCGGCUGCAGGACAUCGUUUUUUCUGCAGUGGACAGUCUUUGCGCGGAGCUGCUGUCCCACGGUACCCGGGGCUUCGACCCGUCUCCCGCCAUAACCAGAGCCGUCACCAACGUGGUCUGCACCCUGGUGUUCAGCAGCACCUACAGCAGCGGGGACAGCGAGCUGCAGGAGGUGAUCCGCUACAACAACGGCAUCGUGGAGACCAUCGCCAGAGGAGGACUGGUGGACAUCUACCCCUGGAUGAAGUUCUUUCCUAACAGGUCCCUCAGUAAACUGAAGGAGUGCAUCGCUGUCAGAGACCGCCUGCUGAGCCGGAAACUGGAGGAGCACAAGGCGGCUCUGAGCGAUGGAGAUCCUCGUGACCUCCUGGAGGCCCUGCUGAAAGGUCAGACAGGAAGUGGGCGGGGUCAGAAGACACAGGGGUCAAAAGAGGAGGGGAUAACAGACGACCAUGUCCUGAUGACAGCGGCAGAGGCUUUUGGAGCAGGUGUGGAGACGACGUCCACCACUCUGCUGUGGAUAUUGGCCUACCUGCUGCAUCAUCCUGAGGUCCAGGAGCGAGUGCAGAAGGAGCUGGACGAGAACAUCGGCUGUGAGAGAGCGGUGAGCGUGUCGGACCGCGGGCGGCUGCCGUAUCUGGACUGCGUCAUCAACGAAGGCAUGAGGAUCCGCCCGGUCAGCCCGGUUCUGAUUCCCCACACCGCCAUGACCGACAGCAGCGUUGGAGGGCACGCCGUGCGCCGUGGGACUCGUGUUCUUGUCAACAUGUGGUCGAUCCAUCACGACCCCCGGCACUGGGACAAACCCGACCUGUUCAACCCAGAUCGUUUCCUCGACGACCAAGGCCGACGAGCCACGCCCUCGUGUUUCCUGCCAUUUGGGGCAGGACCUCGGGUUUGUGUCGGCGAAUUGUUGGCCAGGCUGGAGCUUUUCCUCUUCCUGUCGUCUCUGCUCCAGCGAAUGAGUUUCAAGCUGCCAGACGGGGGUUCUCCGCCAAACCUGCAGGGGCGUCUCGGUGUGGUCCUGCAGCCGCUGCCUUAUAAGGCUGUAGUCAUUCCACGCCCAGGAUGGGAGGGCGGGGUUAAAUAAAAAGGGGAGUGGCUUAAAGUCAACAGAAAAAUGUUGCUAGCUCCUAGCUUGACCAAAUUUUAACAUAAGAAUUUUCAAAGAAUGCUAAUGUAGUUGGAUAACUGUCUUAUUUUUAACUUUUAAUCAGAUAUUUUAAUAAAAAUUAACAUUUGUAGUUUAGUUUAAUAUUGCUAGCAAGUCCGCUAACUUUUAGCUAUUUUGUUUUACAACUUUCAUCAAGGUUCUCAGCCAAUCUGAAGAACAGAAAACGCUUCUAUAUAAAUGUUUGAAAAAUUGUUCUCAUUUAAUUAAGAUAAGCUUUAUUUGUCUCAGAAUGCAGACAAAUUACUCAUUUCACCAGCUGUUGGAAACACAAAUUGGGUUUAGAUAGCUAAGAAAUGGACAAUUCAAAAGCUUAAUGAGAAGAGGAAGUUAUAUGAAUGUAAAUAAAUCAGAAAUAUGAAGUUGAAAAGAGCAAUAUUAUCCCUUGACAUGCCAGUAAAAAAGAAAAUCAAUGUAUUAUAGAUAUUUCUGAGAACUCAUCAGUUUUAUGUUUUAAGUCACAAAUUGUGAGACCUAAAGGCCAUGAGGAGUUAUAAUCAUUUAUCAUAAGCAAUAUAUGUCGAAUAAAUUCCAAGUAAACUGUUAUUUAUUUCCUCUAUAAAGAGAAGAAGGGGCUGAAAGCUGUUACGGGCCAU